GACCCGUGCCAGACGCGCUGGGUCGGUGGGUGCUGCUUGCUCAUGAUAUCCAUGAGGCGAUGAGCCCAUCACUAGACAUUAGGCUAAAAUUUGUUAGCUAGAGCAUACUAGUGGCUUGUUAAAGUAGCUCCAUAAUUCCUUUUGAUAAAUAAAUAAGAUUUAUAUUUGCCUUUUUAAAAUUAAGUAAUGCCACCCACUGUUCCAAAUUAUAGGUGGUUCCGCCAUUUUUAGAUGCUAGUUAUGUACUUAGAUAUACGAUAUAUGUCUACAACUCUAGAUACAUAAUAAAAGUUUCAUAUAUCUAAAAAAUCCAAAAUAAUCUAUAAAUUGCAACAAAAUGGAGUAUAGAUACUUGUGCAGCCGCGAUGGAUAUUUGUCAGGUUGUUCCUCCCAUCACUAGUUUUAAUGAAAAUUAUUGGACUAAUAGAGUAUUUCUUCACCUAGCAUAAUAUUGAUUUACCAAAUAAGUUUCAUGUACAUCUGUUUUAAAUUGUAAGUCGUUCUAGUUUUUUUAGAUACAUAAUAUUUUUCUAUGUAUUUAAACGUAAUGUAUAUCUAGGUACAUAGCAAAAGCUAUGUAUCUAAAAGAUCAUAACAAAACUAAUUGUCUCUGGCUUGCAUGUUCUAUUUCGUAAUAGCCUUUUAUUUUCAUAAUCGUGUGUCGAGUCUGUUCGUUUAUUCGGUAAGGCCAUGCAAUGUCUUAUUUUUUGUAACAAGGUGGUCUAACUCCUCUCUUUGGAGGAUCAAGUUGUAUAUUUCUUCUAUUAUUAAAAAAAGAGGCAAAACUAAAUGUAAUUGGCUGUUAUUUUCAAUCAUAUAUAAAUGUAAUUGGCUGUUAUUUCGUAACAAGCUAUCUUUAGUUUCAUCACAAUUUUUCUAUAAGACUGAAACGACAAAAACAAUAAAAAAAAUUUCUUACACGGUGCCCAGUUUUGUUUGGUAGAUCAGCGCACACCAAACCAAACCUGAUAAUAAGCUAAGAAAAAACCAAUGUGCUAAACCUCUUCAUCGAUCUCCUGUCUGUGGGCCCGGAGUGUAAGUGACCCGUUUUGCUUCCUUCUCCAGGGUGUCCCGGUUGGUAUUUAUGAGAAGAAAGGGACGGACCUUUCCAGGUUUAGCGACGUUAUAGACGCCCACACGGCUCCUACUGAUGCGUGGGGCCGCCUAAACUGGGGCCUACGUGUUCGUGACGAAAACAUGCGUGUGGGUAUGUUGGCAAGUCUGUCGCCAUUUCUUUUUUCCAGGGCCGACCACACUGUUCGCGGUUUUGCAUUUUGCUACGUGCACACCGGGAAGGAGGGGAGGAUGACUCCGCACUCUAUCAGAGCUUUUUUUAGGCGAAAACAGAGCUUCCUUUUCCUUGUUGUAGAAGUAGAAGAAGCCUGUGGGGCCCAGCAUGCUUGUUGGGUUUGACUAGCUUGCAUUGUUUUCUGCUUAGGAUAAUUAGGCUGGAGCUGGACUAGUGUGGUCUGUAGUGUGUACGGUUUUCCUUCUCCCCUUGAUCACCUGUUUAUAUUAUAGACAGGGUACAAGCAUAAUUGGGAUUGACAGACAAUCUUGACAUGAAAAAUGACCAAACAAUCAUAACACGUAUGAUGAUAGUUUGUCAGCCUAUUCGCUUAAGCUUAUCUACCGUAUCUAGCAGUCAUUUAAUAAUAUUUUUUCUCUCACAAUAAAUCAGCGAAUAAUACUUUUAGUUAUGACUUAUCAGCCAAGUGAACAGGCCGUUGGUGACUGAUGAUCAAUCAGUGUCUUGUUUUCAUUAGUAAUUCGUAAAAUGUUUCUUCGCCAAAAGCUCGUCAUUCCUAAUUUGUGACAAAAUUUAGAAACAAAGAUGGAUGUAUGACCAUAUAUGCAAUAUCCUAGAAAAAAAUAAGGAGUUGUUUUGUGUAUAAGUAUAGCAUUCUGAAGUGAAAACGUGACAGGGCUGCCUCACUAAUAUUUAACUGAAUACCUAAAGAUUUUAGUAAAAAAGUUGUAUAUAUAGUGUAUAUAUAUGUGUAUACUGAAAAAAGAGAAAAUAAAGCUAGAAUAAAUACAUAUACGUUAAGCAUUGAGCGUAAAAAAACAUACAUAUUUUUACUUGCUUCCCUCUACACCGAAGGCCUAAUAAGGCCUAGUGGCCCAAAAUCUCGCCAGUUGCUGUUGACAGCGUCUCUCAACUCUCUCACACAUGCUUACGUCUUUCUUGCCUCGCUGCUCCUUCCUUUAUUCAGAGCAUCUCCGAGAGAUGUUCUAAAACGUUUUGUAAAGCUAAAUUUAGCUAUUAGUAGAAAAAACUGUUCUCCAAUAGUCUCUCUAAGUGACUAUCCAAAUCUAAUCGCUCUCCAUCCCUCCCCCUCCGCUCUCUAUUCCUGGAGAGCCCACAUCGCUCGCCAUGAGGCUGUUGGCGCGCUCAGCGUUUCCCUCUUCCCGCAUCUUCUCCUGCAGUUUCCCGCGAACAAAGUGCGUCCCCUGCUGCUUCCGCCCAACUCCCUCACCAAUCUGCUGCUCGUCGCCCCCUGCAAGCACCCCCCAUGUCCCUGCCGCCGCGUCCUCCUGUUUUUGGCAACUGCGCGCAGGGGGUAUGGCGCCCGGUCUUCUCCGAUGCUUCACUUGCCUGGUAGUUCCAUGAGUCAAGGUAGCCAAGAUUCCAGUCGUUGUGAGGAGCUCAUGAAUCUAGAUUGGAUGAAAAACGAAAGAGUCGGACUGCUGCGCCGGCGGGUGGUGCCUCCCACCGGCUUCGGUGCCCAGCAGUUAUCUUUCCCAGCCAGUGGGCAGCCAUCGCAGUUUCCCAUCCUAGGUGCAAACCAGGUCGACGGCGUGGAGGAUUUUUCUGGUGAGGCCUUGUUAAUUUUAUUUUAUUUCUCAAUUUGUUCAUAGCGGUGUUUUGCUCUGAGCAAAAUCGAUUUAAUUCAGGAAAUAAAAUCUAGAAAUGAAUUGUCAUCAAUUUUUUCCAUAUCUUGCUCCUCUCUUGUACGGAUGAAUUUUUGUAUGUUCUGUAGCCGAGGGCUGAAUUAUGAAUGACCUCGUGUUUGGAAAUAAUUGCACUCAGAAGUGAUGCCCUGUUGAGUUUAUGUAGUAAUUUGAGAAUGUGGUGUUUGGCUCUGUCACCAGAAAUAGCAAUUUGUUUGAGACUGAACUGAUAUAUUUUCUCUAGUUGUAGAGUGACAUUUAGAUUAGAAAUUAAUAUUAAUAUUUGUUUUGCAGCAUCGAUGCAAGGCAAUGGGCAAGGUGCCAUGGAUUCAGGGGGAUAUUUCACUGACCUGAUUACAAACGGCUUUGUUGCUGGUCAUUCUGAAAAUGCACCUCCUGCUCAGGAAUUAGUUGCACAAGAUGAGGUUCAAGCAAGAAAUCCGAAAAGAACAAAAAAUUUCACAAUUCAUGAGGAUGAACAACUUGUCAAAUCGUGGCUAAACGUGAGCUUGGAUCCAGUGAAAGGUGUGGACCAAUCACGUACCACAUAUUGGAAACGAAUACAUGAACAUUUUCAUACGCACAAGGAUUUCUCAUCUGACCGCUCGCAAGGCUCUCUGAUGAACCGUUGGUCUGGUAUACAGCACGAUGUGAACCUCUUUGCGGGUUGUCUUUCUAAGAUUGAGGGCAGAAAUCAAAGUGGAGUGACCAUCGAUGGCAAGCAAGCAGAUGCAUUGAAAAUGUUUAUCAGAGAAGACAAGCAGCAUAGGCAAAUUCCUUACAAGCAUUGCUGGAAAUUAUUAAAAGGUCAAGCUAAGUGGGCAGAUAGGCAAAAACAGAUGGAAACUCAGAAGCCAAACAAUAAAAAGCAGAAGGUUUCAGCCAAUUCAAGUCAUACAUCAGCUACUCCUUUGCUGCCUGCUCGUACUGUUGAUGAGAAUCAACAUUCUGAUAGUGCACUUCAGAGACCUCAAGGGCAAAAGAAGGAGAAGCAUAAAUUACGGCAACAUUCUAGCAUCGAAGAAUUGGAUUAUCUUUUGGCAAAAAAGAAAGAAGCUGAUGCAGAGAAGGAGUUGAAGAAAGAGGAACGGUACAAGAAAGCCUUCACAUUGCAGGAAGAAAGGAUCAGACUGGAGAAAGAAAAACUUGAGUUACAAAGGGACCAAUUUGAGUUCUACCUAGAAGAAGAGAGAAUUAUGAAUAUCGACACAAGUCACUUGUGCACUGACUAACAGCAGUACUAUGAAGUUCUCAAAAAUGCCAUUCGUGCUAAUAUCGUGACUUGGCUAGCUAGCAGAUCGUGACUUCAAAUUGACGAAGAUGAUUCCCAGACGGCGGCUUACGAGACGCAAACGUCGCCGUGAUCCGAUAAGACGGGAGAUUAGGUGACGUGGCAGGGUUUUGAAUAUGGAGAGUCUUAAUUUAGAUAGUCUAUUGGAGUGGUCUAGUUUUUUUAA